CAUACAAUCCUGUUGAGAGGAGUAUGGCAACUCUUUUAAGAAAACUUGUAGGCAUGGUUCUGCCUGUUGACCACUAUGGUACCCAUCUUGACUUACAGGAUAAUGUCAUUGACACAGAGCUAGACAAUAUAUUUAGAAAGCCAGUUGUAACUGAAUACAUCGAUGUAAAAGGAACCUCAAAUUCAGAUAAUGUAUCUUGGAAAUGGAUAGAAAUCCAUACAAAGAUCUGCAAAUACUCAUUAGAUAUAAAGAAAUAUAAUAACAUCAAAUAUUGCUCUCCCAAAAGAUGUGAGAAGGCUGCAAGCCUUCUUGCCUCAAAUAAUGCUGAUAAUUAUAUAAAUUACUUCUGCUCUGUUUGUGGAAAGUAUUUUUCAACAGUUUCAAUAGUUACUAUUUACAAAAAAAGCCAAUAUUCAAAGAAAGUUAGUUUUACUAAACAUAAAUCUGAAAGGCUAAAAAAAACUAAAACAACAGCAAAGAAAGUCUGUCCAACAAACAUGGAUCUGGAAGACCAAAAAAAACUGAUAUGA